GAUGGGGAUAAGCUUAUUGAAUUGCCAAUUUGGUUCUGAAAAUAAUUAAAAAAAUGUUGAAUUCAGCACUAUAUUAUGAAAUGUAGAUCUGUACAUAAGAAGUUACGUAUUUCAGCUCAAGUUGCUUAAUUCCAGUGGUUGACAUCUAAUCUCUCCCAGCCACUGUUCAUAUUUCAGCCAUGGAAGAUGCAAAUGUUGGACAGGAUACCGAUCACGAGUUCUUGAAAUAAUCAGUUGAAGAAGCAUACGAGGCUGUCAAUACAAAAGAUGGAUAUCCCUUUGGCGCAGUUAUUGUUCGGAAUGCUGAAGUAGUCGUAAGUUGUCACAACAUGGCUCGUAAAUACAAAGAUCCAACUGCCCACUCUGAGAUGAUUGCUAUUCGAAUGGCCUGUGAGAAGCUAGACACAUUUACGCUGUCUGACUGUGAGAUAUAUGCCUCUUGUGAGCCUUGCCCAAUGUGCUUUGCUGCAAUUCAGUUUACUAGCAUUAAGAGGUUAGUUUAUGGAGCAAGAGCAGAAGCGUUAGCACCCAUGGGGUUUGGUAAUUUCAUUUCGGAUGCAUUGAGGGGUACCACUGCAUUUGAGAAAGCCAAUUUGGAGAUCAAGAAAGCUGAAGGUGAUGAUGCUAUCAUGGCAGAACAGGUGUUGCUAUCAUGGACGAAUUGA